AUGGCUUCACGCAGAACUAAUGGCUCAUUCCAACUCUAUCGAGGUCAUAGUACAGGAGGAGGAAAUCAACGUCCAUCAAUGGAUAUACUUCAGCAACAGCAACAACAACGUCAUAGAUUCCAUCAAAUUGAAAGACCAACACAAGGAAUUCCCUUGCCAGGGAUUGUGUAUACCGUGCAGAGCCAAGCAUUUCCUUUUAUGGUACCAUUCAAUACUUGUGUUCCAGUAGCUUAUCUUCCUACUUUACAAACAUCUUAUUUAUUUCCUCCUUUUUAUACGGCUCUUCCAAUGCAUACUCAGGUCAUUCCUAAUCCUAUCUCUAACAAUAGAGUAAGGCAGACAGUGAGUACUACAGUGGGGUCACAUAACUCCUCACUGACUAACACAGUGGGGUCACAUAACCAGUUCAAUCACAAUUUGCAGCCCAAAUCAGUAGUUGGUGAGAUGAGUGAAAGGAAAGAAGAAGAUGUUGAAGCAGCUUCUUAUGGCUUUGGAUUGAUGGGUUUGAGAGAUGUUAUCAAUGGAACUGACUCUAAUGUCACAACUUUAGCUAUGGGCAGAGACAAGGAUACUCUCAAUUCAUAUGACAAUUUGUACUGUUCACAUAAUUUCCCUUGGUCAGCAAGAAUUCCAAAUCCUCAACCACAGUAUAAGCUGCCAAGCUGUUAUCUUCGCCAAGUUCCAAAAUUACAUAAAGAAAAUCUAGUUACAACUGUAUACAAUAUGUUCCCAAGCUAUAUUGCUGAUCUUAAUCAGGACACACUUUUCUUCAUAUUUUACAGUACACCAAAUGAUGAGGCUCAGCUUCUUGCUGCUAAUGAAUUGCAUAACAGAGAUUGGCUUUAUCAUAAACAACUUCGUGUAUGGUUAAAGCACAAUGGAAGUGAGCAGCCCAAAAUCAAGACAAAUACUUAUGAGAAGGGGUCAUAUGUUUAUUUUGAUCCACAUAAAUGGAGUUAUAUUGAAAAGGAGGAGCUUACAGUGUUUUAUGACAAGUUGGAGAAAAGGCCUUCUUUGCCACCACACGAAGAGAACCAGUUAUAA